CCGAUUCAGUUGCCAGCCGAACGUCGAAACGUGAAGCACGGUCGGUUGUUAUAAGCAAUAUAUAUCUGUUUUGCCACCAGCAUGAGUUCCGCGUCAUUGCGUCUGCUUAGUAAAACCAGACAAACCGCUCGCAUUGUGAUCGUGGGUGCGGGAUCCGCUGGAAUAGCAGCGGCCACCAGGCUUCUGGAUCUCGGUUUCCGGAAUGUGCUCCUCCUCGAGGCGGAAGAUCGAAUCGGCGGUCGCGUUCACACGAUUCCCUUUGCCGAUAACGUCGUCGACCUGGGCGCCCAGUGGUGCCAUGGCGAGAAAGGAAAUGUGGUAUACGACAAGGUCAAGGACCUGAAUCUCCUGGAGGUUACGGAACCGCACUAUGAAACCUUUAGAUGCGUUCGAUCCAACAAAGAAGUCCUACCCGACGACCUAGCAGAUCAACUGAAAAAUAUAGCUGAUAUGUCAAUACCAGACCGGCAGGCAGAGCUCCUGGACUUCGAGGGCUCGUUGGGAGACUACAUCAAUAUGAAGUACUGGAAGGAGCUGGCCAAGCUACCGCCCAUAGAUCGUACCAUCGCGGAGGAGUUCCUGGAGGUGUUUCACAAAUUCGAAGCAUCCGUGGAGGCAGCGGAUCACCUGUUCGAAGUAUCCGGAAAGGGUCACUUGGAGUACUGGCUAUGCGAGGGCGAGCUGCUCCUCAAUUGGAAGGACAAGGGAUACAAAAGAUUCCUCAAGCUACUCAUGAAAGCGCGAGAGGAUCAGUCCGAAGAUUUCGGUAUCCUCAAGGGACAUGUGCGGCUGAACAGACGGAUUGCUGAGAUUAACUGGGAAGGAGCUGAUGAGCUUACCGUGCGUUGCUGGAAUGGCGAGGUAAUCACAGCGGAUCAUGUCAUAUGCACUGUUUCCCUGGGAGUUCUGAAGGAGCAGCAUCCGAAACUUUUUGUUCCCGCCCUGCCAGCUGCCAAAGUGAGAGCCAUCGACGGUCUUAAGCUGGGCACCGUGGACAAGUUCUUCCUGGAGUUUGAGAAUCCUCCGCUGCCAGGCGAUUGGCCUGGCUUCAAUUGUCUUUGGCUGAAGGAGGACCUGGAGGAGCUGCGAGCUUCGGAACUCUUUUGGCUGGAGAGUGUGUUCGGCUUUUAUCCAGUCUCCAGGCAGCCACGCAUCCUGCAGGGCUGGAUCAUUGGCCCACAUGCCCGGCACAUGGAAACGCUCACCGAGGAGAGGGUCCUGGAGGGUCUGCUGUGGCUCUUCCGUAAGUUCCUGCCCUUUGAAACUGCCCAUCCGGUGCGAAUGCUGCGCACUCAGUGGCAUGCGAAUCCCAACUUCCGAGGCAGCUACACCUUCCGCUCCACCUACACGGAUGCUCUGCGCACCGGUGCCUGGGAUCUGGAAGCUCCGCUCCAGGAUGUGUGCAGCAGGCCACGCCUCCAGUUCGCCGGAGAAUCCACACACAAGCACUUCUACUCCACGGUCCAUGGAGCCGUUGAAACGGGAUGGCGCGAGGCGGAACGAUUGCACCUCUACUACCGGGCGCGAACAUCUCAGCUAUGAGCUCACACCAGGCCAUUCCGGAUGUAUGUUCUCCGAAGCUGUGAAAUCAAGAUUGGCCACAGGCAAUGGAGCGUAGAUACUCAAUAUUUGUCUAGGCACAAUUUAUUAUUGUGUUUUGCUCAGCCGUGGCGAUGAAAAUAUUUGUGUGCCUCCUAGGAGGCACUGAAGAAUUUUUCACAGUACAGAAUUUUAUUAGUGCAUUACUAUGUAUGAAAAAGUGCGUAAAUAAAAUAUAAAUAAGGUUUUA